UAGCUGCCCUUUAUGUUCCUAAUGAUGGGAAGGAGCCAGGAAGAUGCUGGGAAUUCAAAGGACAUUUCAUGGUGUAUUUCUGGUUUAACACUUAUGGAGACCCUCAAAAAAAGAAAGAAAGAAAAAAAAGCUGUUGACACUGUAAGAAUAGUUCUUGUAAUGCAUUAUCUCUUGCCCAUCUUCAGUAUUCCCCUCUUAGGAUUAGUGUGCUCCAGACCAGGCCCGGCUCCUUAAUAUCGUCCCUUCAAAUCAUGGAGAUAUUUAGCCUCCAUCAUCCUAAAGGUGCCGGUAUAGCUUUCUCUUGUAGUUGUAUGUGAAUGUUAUCAUCUUAAGAGACUUGAUAGUUAUAUUUCAGUGGUAGCUCACAAUUUCAAAAGGUAAAAAAAUAAAACUUUAAAAAUAUAUCCAAAGUUCCAAAAUGUUUAUUGUCUUUUUUGUUUUUGACAUGGUUUAGCUAUCUUGCAAAGUCUAAGUACCCUAAGUAUGUUAUUUCUUUCAGCAUAGAUAAAGCUUCAGUUCACGUACAUUCACUUCACUUAUUUGUGCUAGAGUAACUCCAAGAUAAUAGUGUUACAUUCUAUCUCUCAAAUCUUUCAGGGCACAGCUGUAAAAAAUAAAAACAUUUUCUUAUGCAUCCAGAAUAAUGUGGUGACUUCUAUCAAGUAUUUAGUAUCAUUUAAUUCCUUAUUAAGAUUAACACAAUCACUCCGGUUUUUCACUUGCAUCUUAUUUGUUCAAACUAGGAUCCAAUCCUGGACGGCAUUUUCUCUGGUAAUUAUGUUCCUUCAAACUCACUUAAUCUAAAGCAAUCCUCCAGCCACCUGUUGCCCUGUAAAAUGUACCACCUUCAGAUUUGCCCAGCCUCCUUUCAGAGACUUCCGUUUACCCUGCCACCCUUUGUAUAUCUUCCUUUGGAGUAAAUCUAAAGUCAGGAUUAAGAUCAAAAUUGAAAUUCUUUGCAAGCAUGAGUCACAAGCAAUAUGUGCUUUCUGCUGUCUGCAUGAGAAGGCAUACAUGCCUUGCCUGCCUGACCAUCCGUGAUGUCAAUAUUAAUCAUUCGAUUAAGGUUGACCACUUUGGAUUUUCUGACUCAAGAACUUUUAAACAGCGGUACCUCAAAGCUGAUAAACAUUGGAAAAGAGAUGGUGGAUCAAUACUUUUCUACACUGGUAAUGAAGGGGACAUUGUCUGGUUUUGCAAUAAUACGGGGUUCAUGUGGGAUGUGGCUGAGGACAUGAAAGCUAUGCUGAUAUUUGCUGAACACCGAUACUAUGGGGAGUCCCUUCCCUUUGGCGAGGACACAUUCAAGGAUUCCCAACACUUGAAUUUUCUGACAUCAGAACAAGCUCUGGCUGAUUUUGCAGAGUUAAUCAGACACUUGAAAGGAACAAUCCCCGGAGCUGAAGGUCAACCUGUCAUUGCCAUCGGGGGCUCUUAUGGUGGCAUGCUUGCAGCCUGGUUCAGGAUGAAAUAUCCUCACAUAGUAGUUGGAGCUCUUGCAGCUUCUGCCCCUAUCUGGCAGUUUGAGGAUCUGACUCCCUGUGGUAUGUUUAUGAAGAUUGUAACUGAAGAUUUUAGGAAAAGUGGUCCACAUUGUUCUGAGAGUAUCCAUGGAUCCUGGAAUGCCAUUAACAGACUCUCAAGAACAGAGAGUGGUCUCAAUUGGCUCACAGAAACCCUUCACCUAUGCAGUCCCUUGACUUCUGGGGAUAUCCCAAAUUUAAAAGAGUGGAUGGCUGAGACCUGGGUGAACCUGGCCAUGGUGGACUACCCUUAUGAAGCCAACUUUUUACAGCCCUUGCCUGCUUGGCCUAUCAAGGUAGUGUGCCAGUAUUUGGAAAAUUCUAAUGUAUCUGAUACAGUGCUCCUGCAGAAUAUUUUCCAGGCUCUGAAUAUAUAUUAUAAUUAUUCAGGCCAAGCAAAAUGCCUGAAUAUCUCACAAACAGCUACUAGCAGACUAGGCUCCAUGGGCUGGAGCUAUCAGUCCUGCACAGAAAUGGUCAUGCCUUUUUGUACCAAUGGUGUCGAUGACAUGUUUGAACCUUAUCUGUGGGACCUGGAGAAAUUUUCCAAUGAAUGCUUUCAGCAGUGGGGUGUGAAACCACAGCCUCACUGGAUAACUACCUUGUAUGGUGGCAAAAACAUCAGUUCACACACGAACAUCAUUUUCAGCAACGGUGACUUAGACCCGUGGUCAGGUGGUGGAGUAAACAAAGACAUUUCAGAUACGCUGGUGGCCGUCUACAUCCCCCAAGCGGCCCAUCAUUUAGAUCUUCGAGCCAACACUGCCUUUGAUCCUUCCGCCGUGCUGUCAUCUCGCUUACUGGAAGUAAAAUACAUGAAGACAUGGAUCGAAGAUUUCUACAGAAAUGCCAAAUGGCAGCCCUGAGAAACUUUUAAGGAAUAAUUUUUUAUUUUCUUCUUUUAUGUUCACUAAACUCACAUACCCAUUUACUUUGAUUUUUUUUUUAUAUGUAAUUACUUUCCCUCACUUGUCAUUGUAUUUGUUGGGCCAAGGUCGAGACAGAAGACCGUGACAGGGGUGGGCGCAGCCAUCCCACCCAGGUGACUGCUCCGUCCUCACUGCCUUUGUGCCAUCUCCAGGAAGAACGCCAUCCUGGCAGCUCUGAUGCCAUCAGAACUGGCAUGGUUCCUGACUGUCUUUCACCAGGAGAGCCACUUUUCUCCCAAGCGGGGAUGUCUCCUUGGUUUUGAGAGUGAAGUUUCUCUGGCCCAUUGUAAGCCCCCAUUCCUGCCACAAAAGGAAAAGCAGAAGCUGGAUUAUAAACGCUGCAGCUGCGGCUGGUGGGCUGUGUGAUGCCAGUCCAGGAAAGGGCCGCUUCCUGUGAGCUCCAUGACUGCCUUUGAACUGCAAUAAAGAACAAGGCAGACCUACCUGUGUGUUGCUCCCAUCUCGUCCAGCUGUUGGGAAGGCAGUGUGCCUGGGCUGGCUGCUUUCGGGAAGUCCUUUCUUUUUCUCUUUCCCCCUUGGCAGCCUUCCUUAGUUCUGGGAUAUCUGCCACCGUGCUGCAGCCAGGAGAAAUCUGGCCUUCUCCUGCUCGGUUUCUCUUUGUUUCUAAGGUCAGUUUUGUGGUGAUCUGGCUAAAUUCUGCCAGUUUAGGAACUGUGCUGCUUUUUACUUUAAAACUGAACAAAUUCUGUUAAUAAAAAAAUCCUCUAAAAAUUGACAAAUAA